ACUUUUUCGAUAUUGUUUCAAUACCAUUUUCUGCAUGUCAACUCCCAACGUUCCAAAGGAUUCUGGGGGAAACUACAGAUUAGUUAACCACGAUUUAUCAUAAUGAAAAUGCAUUAUAUCGCUAACCAGCACCCUUUUUGGGUAUCUUGUGCCUGCGAACUAAUAAAAUUAGAUGGCUGGGUUCCCAGCCACCCAUCUCCAUACUGCAUUUCUCAGACGGAAUUUCGCAACAGCCCAGCCUCUGCAAUUUAACAAUGGGGGAAGUUGGCAUUUGGAGCAUUCUUUGUGGGGGAUUCUUCCCAAGUGCUUUCUUUCUCUUUUUGUUCACACUACUGAGUGCAAGGAGCUGGCUAUCUUGAUAUUAGCUGCUGUCAAAGAAAGGUGACUGCAAUGACGUUCAGCAUGAGACUUAACAUAUUGAUAAUAUUGUUCGCGGCGAUGUUUUCUACAGUAGCAAAUUCAUUUCCUCUAUCCCUCAAACCACAACUGCUAGUCCCACGAAGACGAGUACCAUACUCAGUCGUCCCUGUUGAUGGGGGCCCAAAAACCACAAAAACCCCACCCCCAGGCCUCCUUGUCACAAUCCCCCCUCGAAUCACAGAAACAGUCGCUCCCAUAACCACCACGACUGACUCUUCCUCGCCGACAUCCACUGAGCGUCCAUCAAGUGAAAAGUCAGGCCUGCCCACACGGACGACCGUUGCGCCGACCCUUCCGCCUCGAACGACGUCUCUCCCAUCGGCAUCUGCAUCUUCAAAUACCACUUUAAUAUACAGACCCUCCUCCCUGAGGCUCUCUUACACACAACUAGGGCCAACGGGCGUGUUCCGUCCGCAGCCAUCGCACGCAACGAUCAAAAUUUCUUAUCCUGCUGCGUCGCUCAUACCCCCGCCGAGAUACGGGUCGGUUAAUGGAACCUACCAUCUGCCAACCCCAAGCGCCCGGUUUCCGAAUUAAGACGCAAACUCGAAAAGAAAUACGCAUGAUGAUUUAAUGAUCGAUGAAAUAUAUGUAUGGCAAGGGGGUUGGUGUGAAUUUUCCUCCGACGGAGUGGAUACCUUUUUUUUGGCUGUUUGGAUCCUGAAUGAAAGAAGUACAUGAGGCAUUUUUUUUCAGCGUGCCGCAAUUUUGAAUGAAUCAUUUAGAAGAGAGACAUAAAUAUAUAGAGAUGGAGUUUGGGGUAUUCAGGCAGGUUUUCCUCGUUCUUUUUCUUGACGCAGCUUAAUGUAACACUAUCAAUUUAUUAAUUAGAAGGAAAUUAGAGAGAGCUUUACAUCUGGCUGCUUGUUUCGGUGGUAGAUUACAGCGCCCGCUAAAAUAAAUUUCAUUACUUGAAUUUAGAAGUUCUCCGUAUUUACACAGAAAGAUUGGUACAUCCGAAGGGUUCACACCCCUGUCCCCUUCAGUAGAGCAACUUCCAGUACUUUCCAAUACUGACAGGAGACGCAUUCAUAAUACUUGAACCUGGCUUCGAGAAAGACUAUCACCC